AUGGAAGUCAGAGACAUAUCUUUGGAAUGUAAUGCAUCUUCACCUUUCCAAUCAAGUAAUAUUAAUUACUUGCCAAUUCCAUCAUGUCAGCAGUCAACUUCAGCUUCAGCUUUCUCAUCGCCAGCUUUUACAUCUUUCACUCCAUUCAUAAUUAACCCAGAGCCCUCAAAUGAUAUGAAAUCCAAUAUUGUUGUUCACAAUCCAUUGUCAGCAAUGGCCACACAGUGUUUCGGUCAUGAAUCAUUAACUAUUGCGAGGCCUACCACAACUAUGCCACCAAAUCCAAAUCAGCUUUUUUAUGGUGCUAGUCAUUUUGGCUUAUCGCAGUUAGUUUUUUUUUUGAUUUUGGGCUUGAUCAAAGUUUUGUAA